UUUUGUUGUUGUUUGGAGUUUGUUUUUGCUGUGGUUAUCAAAUAUGAGGCAAGGGUGCUCCUCCACUCUUCAGUCAUGGUUCCCUGCAAGGGAUACGUGAAUGGUAAAUCAGGGACAGCAUAGGAAUCUGAAUUUUAGGACAUCACAGCUGUCUGGAUCAUGAUUUCAGAACUCCGUCAUCAGGGCAGUAUGUGCAGAAGAGUCCACAAGGCCCAACUGUGUUGAUUUGAAAUUACCGUAUAAAAUUAUUUGGAUUUUAAUAAAUUUUAGCUUUUCAAAGUAGGAGAACGUGCAAGACGAUGUCAUUGUUUGAAAUCUUGUUGCCAAGGAUCUGAAUAAAGGCUUCUGAGCUGCCAUGCAGUCACUGACCAGUUGGAGUAAGCAGGUUAAAGCUUUUUAACCUGGAUGCUGACCACUGAACUUAGCUUUAUGCUAUUCAGGUGUACAACCUGAAAACCAGCCAAAAAGAACUGGUACUUGAAACUGCUGUUAUUACAGACAGGCUCUAUAUUCCUUGGCAAGUAGUACAAAAUGUGGGAUUAGGUUUCUAAUGUAAGGUGCUCAGUCCUGGUUGUCUAGUAGUGAGUGUAUGGAAAGAAACAGGUACUGCUAGAGGCAGUUCUUCCUGCCUGUCUGAGACACUGACCAGUGUCUGAUAGAUUUAGAGACAUGCUGCACAAUGGGUAAAUUGUCAAAAGGUCUUCUAACUUCAAAUUGCCUGGUCUUUAUUCCUGUACCAGUAUUAGUAGGGCUAGUAGGCUUAGAAGAUGGAAAAUAAAGGAUGUUCACAACAUCUUGCAGCUACAGAAUAGUGGCUGUGCAUUGAUGUCAGUUCAGCAUUUCAGUAACAUAGUCCCAUUACUUCUAAAAUCAUAAUACAGCUUUGUGAAGUAAGGGAGAUAUAAGGCAACUACAAAAAAAUGUUGACAGUGUAGUUAAAAUACACAUUACAGAAGGCAAAAGUCAAAAGCCAUGUAUAUUGUUCUUUUUUAAAAGGUGAAAAAUAAGAGAAUGCAAUGACUAAACCUUCAUUGCAGGGGAAUUCUGUUUUACUUCAAAUGUAUGGUUAGUUUGGAUAGAAUAGAUUACAUUUUUUCUAAACUGUAGUGGAGGAAAUACCAACAACAAUUACGUUAAACUAGAAACAAGAAGUUUUUUGCUUCAUUAUCCAGCAGAGAUUCUGUGGAUGCCCCAUCCCUGGAAGGAUUCAAGGCCAGAUGGGGUCAGGCUUUGAGCAGCCUGGGUACUGGAAGGUGUUUCAGCCCAUGGCACAGGGGUUGGAACUAGAUGAUUUUUAAGGUGCCUUCCAAUCCAAACCAUUCUGUGUUUUUUUGGGUUUGGUUUUUUUUGGGUUUUUUUUUUUCAUUCAUGCAGUGUCACAACAAAAGAUUGGAUAGAUAAUCUGAUGUAGCCACUACUUCUGGAGACUGAUUCAUGCUUAGAGUUACUGUAGUAAAAUACAUUUGGUCUUACCUGACAUGAAUGUAAUAUUUUUCCUCUGCACACUUUGUUUAAAGGAAUGCAUAUGUCUGUGCUCUGUCACAUAGGACCAGAUGGAAAUUUAGGAUAUUGGUUUAACUGAUGGCAGUGUGACUUGUAAGGUGUUGACUUACAUGCCUAAAAAUUUGGCUAGGACAAAUCCCAUUCCAUUGUAUUGUAAAACUUCAUUUUUUUCUGGUAGCAGAUUGUUUUGUCCAGGCUGUGAGACUUUAUCCUGUAACUUUAGUAAUGGUGUCUCCCAUCAGGACUGCCUGCAAGCUUUCUGUAAGGCACCUUUAGCUUUAGCAUGGAACUGGCUUUGGGGAUUAUACCCAGUUACAUGCAGAUACAGGCUGGCCCUUUCUGGUGAGGCACCAGGACAAGUGUUUGUGUACGGCUGACAGGGACUGUUCUCUUGGAAGAGAGUGGAAUCUGCAAACGAGCAAUCUCAGAAGGGUGCAGAAAUCAAAUGGAAAAGAACUGGUUACACUCGGAGGAGAAAAACCACAGGAAACGCCAAGAACUGAAAUGCGCUCGCAGCUGAAGUAUCCUCAUCAUGAAUAGGUACAAAACUAUCAGACAGCUUGGUGAUGGGACCUACGGCUCUGUUCUCCUAGGGAGAAGCAUUGAAUCUGGAGAGCUAAUAGCCAUUAAAAAAAUGAAGAGAAAGUUUUAUUCCUGGGAGGAGUGCAUGAACCUUCGAGAGGUUAAGUCUUUGAAGAAAUUAAACCAUGCCAAUGUGGUUAAGCUGAAAGAAGUUAUCAGGGAAAAUGAUCAUCUGUAUUUUGUGUUUGAAUACAUGAAGGAAAAUCUUUAUCAGUUAAUGAAAGAGAGAAACAAACUGUUCCCUGAGUCUACAGUUAGGAAUAUUAUGUAUCAGAUCCUCCAAGGGCUUGCAUUUAUUCAUAAGCAUGGGUUCUUUCACAGGGACUUGAAACCUGAAAACCUGCUUUGCAUGGGACCAGAACUUGUGAAAAUUGCAGAUUUUGGUUUAGCCCGAGAAAUCCGAUCUCGACCUCCUUACACUGAUUAUGUAUCCACAAGAUGGUACAGGGCUCCUGAAGUACUUCUGAGAUCCACCUGCUAUAGCUCUCCAAUAGAUAUUUGGGCUGUUGGUUGCAUAAUGGCAGAAGUUUACACGCUGAGGCCUCUCUUCCCAGGCGCCAGUGAAAUUGAUACUAUAUUCAAAAUUUGCCAAGUCUUAGGGACGCCAAAAAAGAACGACUGGCCUGAAGGCUACCAACUUUCAGCUUCCAUGAAUUUUCGCUGGCCUCAGUGUGUACCUAACAACCUAAAAACUCUCAUACCUAAUGCUGGCAGUGAAGCAGUGCAGCUCAUGAGAGACAUGCUGCAGUGGGACCCCAAAAAGCGGCCAACAGCUAGUCAGGCACUUCGAUACUCGUACUUCCAGGUUGGGCAUGCCCUGGGCAUUCAGGAACUGGGAAAACAAAAGGAACUGCAUAACAAAUUAUCUCUGCAUAUUAAGCCUGUCCCUCCAGCACAGCCCCCUCUGAAACCUCAUGCCCGAAUUUCAUCAAGGUCUUUUCAACAAAGCCAGUCUUCUCAGCACAUGGUGUACGCAUGUAAGACGGACAACUCUGAAGCUGCGCCCAGUAACUAUUUACAGGAGGACAAGUCUAACCAGGUUCUUCUGCCUGCAAUACACAAUAAGGUUCCUCAGCAGAAAACAUCUGCUGGGUCUGAGAAUAUAAAUGGUGAACUUAAACCAAAACCUAGGCGAAGAUGGGGACAUCUUCCCAGGACAGUUAAGAGUUCUGAAGACUGGGAUGAUUUGGAAGACCUUGAUUUCAGCUCUUCCAUCAUGAGAAUGGACUUGAAAAGCAAGAAGAGGCAGAAUGAUGAAACUCUUUGUAGAUUUGAAAGCAUUUUGGACCUGAAGCCUUUGGAUGCUGUAGGCUCUGGCAGCAGUGCACGAACUUCCCAUGCGACCUUUUUGCGGCAGGACACUCCUACACUGCGAGUUUCUGCAGCAAAGCAACACUACUUAAACCAUUCUAGGUAUCGACCUGGAAUAAGCACCAGGAACAGCAUAGUCUCCACUUCAAACAAAGAAUCUGUUCCAUCUAAUCACUGGCCCAGUUCCAGUUUGUCUGGGAAAAUCUCUGGUUUGGAAGGAAGUACUACCAACAGGAUGAAUUCAGGGCCCAUAGGAUCAAGUGGUCCAACGAAUGCUUAUGUCCCUUCAUUUCUGAAGAAGGAAGUAGGUUCUGCUGGGCAGAGGGUUCAGUUAGCACCAGCUGUGGACCCACCUUCCGAUUUUGCGUCUGUGACAUCAGUCAGACCCCUUCUUGGAUGGCCGUCGUUCAGUUCGCCUACCAAAAGCUCGCCGCGGUUAAUGCCUCUCCCUCCGGCAGCGGAGCCGAUCCACGGGCGCGUUGACUGGUCUGCGAAGUACGGCGCUCACCGGUGACCUGGGAAGUGCCCUCUGAGCAGUGUGUGCAUCCCCGAAACGGUGUCCGGUGUGGGACCAUUCAUACUGGUUUAUAUGCCUGUACAUUUAAAAGGAACAUACCUUCCAUGAAUGAGACAUUUUGAAGAGUUUUUUAACUUCUUUGCAUUAAUCUGAAUGCAAUCUUGUACCUUUUUGUAAAAAAAUGUUUUGUUAUAUACUUGGGUCCAGUUAUUUUCAUAAAAGUGAUGCAUUUUGUAUAUAAGGCUUAGGGUAUUAGGCAUUUUUAUACAGUAAAUUUUUAUAAUGAACUUCAAAAAAAUUUAAAUUUUUUAUUAGACUCAACUUUUUUAUAGAAGUGGAUUAAAAAAAACCAUGGUGCAAUAUUGCAGUGAAGGAGAAGUACUGAGGAAGGGGCAUUCAUUAGACAUUUUCUGAAGUUUUAUGUGCUAAUUGAGGCUGUGUAAAUUCAAGUGAUGCCAUGUCUCAGUGCCACACUUCUGUUGUCCUAUGCUUUUUGCUUCAUACUGACAUCAGAGGAGUGAGCGACUUAACAGUCUAAACUCCUUCACAGUCACAGUUACUGAGAGACUGCUAAAAGAUAUUGGGAGGCACCUUUUUUAAAUUUAUUUUUGCCUUUGAAAGGUUUGUUGUUGGACUGCUAUUCAAAUUUUACCAAAUCUUACUCUUGUUUGGUGAAGGGUAAAUUCUCUUCUGUAGAUCCAUUUUCUGAUGCAGUCUUCCUUUUUCCUGCUUAAAAGUUGUUCGUUGGCAUUGUUCACUAUGAAAUAGAAUGUGGACCUACCUCUGUUAAAUUCCUGUAAAUGGUCUAAUGAUUUCUAAAGAGAAAAAAGAGAUUCUGUUUCUUCUUUUUCUUUUGUUGCAAAUGUAAGAGCUGAAGCUAUAUUAAAGAACGUAUUAACAAUAAAUUAAUGGAGCUAAGAAAACUGGUUUCAGAGUAACAAAAUAUUAAUGAUAUGCCAGCAACAUAGUUUAAGGAAACAAGAUCUAUGCAGCUGACUUAUUUUUCACAACUGUUUUAAAUCACUGCAGUUCUAGAUCACUUAAGGAAAAAAAAACAAAACAACCCAGAGGAAAUGAGUCAGUCUAACCUUACUUAGGUUUAUACUCAGUUCUUUUUCACUCAAUGCAUCUUCUUUUACAAUGGGAAGAAUAUGUCAACUUCCAUAAAUUAGGCCCAGAGGCUCUACAGGAAAAAAUGGGAUCUUUUGUGGUCCUGUUAAGAAAAUGUUGUAAAACUGUGGUUGAUUUCACUGAAAUUGAUACAGUUCUUUGAAGAGCAAUUUAACUCAGUUUAUGAGAGUGUGAUUUAUAUCAAGGUAUAGAGAAAAGAAUGUAUCCCCAUAAUCUGGUUUACUUCUACUCUGGAAAGAAGUGCCAGAGUCCAGCCAUCAGCAGAAGAUUCUUCUAGAGCACAGUCAGCAUUUGUCUGUUCUGCACCUCCUUCUACAGAAGAAAGAUAAAACUGUUCAGUGCUGUGGGAGAAAACCUUCCAUAGCUGUGUUCUGGAGCAGUGCUGCCAAAGCUGAAGUGUGCUGAGAAAAUGCAUCUCUCUGCAGGAGUGUGCAGAAAUGCUUAUCUUUCUGAGUUCAUUUUGUGAUCAGCUCAGGAAAAUAGUUUAUUUAUGAGACUUAAAUCCAGCCUAAAGGGAUCAGAGCAGGUGCAGUUCUCAGCUUCCAGCCAUGUCACAGGAACUGAAAUAGCUUGUGUGUCAGUGAGAUCCUCUCCAUGGAAUCUGCCAGCACACACAAGGGGCAGCUGCUGUGGUCUUGAGACUGAGAAGAGAUUCUCUGGCCUUUUUGGUGCUUCCCAUGGUGAACGUGUGGGAUUUUGAGGAAACUGUACCCUAGGGUAGGCUGCUGGCUCAGUGCUACAGGGGGAACCACAGGGAGCACUGGUCACUGUUUGCUUCUGUAGGCUCAGCCCACAGUGAGACAGUACAAGACAAGAGAGAGCAAAAGUGUGCAUGAAAGACUUACACAUGCCAAAGACAUCUUGUAUGUCCUGCUUCCCUGUUAUCUGGGCAUAGCAAGUAUUAACUCCAAACCAUACCUAACUGCUUCCACAGCAGUGAUGCCAAUGCUUGGUAGUAAAGUAAAACAGCCAUUUGAUUUCUGAAGCGCACACUGAUGGGUGUCUGUGGAUUAGUGGAAAGGGAAAUAUGUAUAUUUGUGAUAGAACUGGAAAGGUAGUUGUUUCUCUUGGAAAUAAAUACCUGUAUUUAUGUCUACAUAAAAUUUAAUUUAUUUCAUCAUCAGUUAAUUUGUCUCAAGAAGGAACACCCUGAACCUAUCCCAGUAUCCCUAGGCCUAAGUAGGCUAUUUAAGUAGUCUGGUCUUAGUUCCUAUGAGUGGAAGGAGACAAGUCAUGAGAACAGGCAGCUGAGGCUUGGAUUCAUCAUACCUAAGUGUGAGCUCCUUUGUUGUGAGGUGACUCACCCUUGGUGAGUGAGAAUCAUGUCAAAAGAAAUCUGUCUCAUUUGAGAGCAUACUAACAUUCUGGAGAUAGCUGAGGCUCUCCACUGAGGAGGGGGACAACUCUGUGAGGUUCAAGUAACACAGGAUGAACCUGAACCUGGCCUGUAGUCUCUGAACCUUUAUCAGACUGUCAGUGAUUCUUUUGACUAUAGCAUUCAGGCUUUAGUCUGUCCAGUCAAAAGAUUAGAAAAGUAAGUUGUACUUAUAAUUUUCUUUUUUUUAUAUCUCCUCCUUUCCUAAGUUAAACCCUUUAUUUUUGGGGAAAAAGCUAAUAAUCUUAACAUUGUGAAUCACAGCUAGUUUUAACUUAGUGAGAGAAAAUUAUCUAGAUGUAAUGGCUGUAUCCUUUACUCAAGCACAUUCUUACUGAAGCUGGAAAAGUUCUUUUUGAGCAGGAUGGAGUUUAUGUAUUUUACCAUGCUGUCUCUGUGCAAUACAGAUAUGGAAAAGAUGGAGGUCUUUCUAUACUGAAAUCUGGACAAGCAGCAUAUCUGAGAAUUUAUGAUAUGUAACCUACUACUUUGUGCUUUAAUAUUUAGCAGCAUCUUUGUGGAAAACGUUUUUAGAAUUGUACUGUUUACAUUUUCUCAGGUUUAGGCAUAACAUGUAAAAAUAAAGGAGUCUUUGACAGUGGAUUCAUUUACCUCUGUAAUGCAGAUUUUCCAAAAAGUAGUGUGUAAGUGCCAUGAUGUUAACAAGAAGGAAAAAAAAAAAAAGCCAGAAAGUCCAUGGUGUUCCUGUAUCUGAUAUGGCUGUUGAUAUGAGCAGGAUGUUCCAUAAUGUGAGGAGGAAAACAUGUACUGAAAAAACAUUUUAGAACUUAAUAUGGAAGGAGGGUGUGGAAUUGUCAGGUGUGGAGAAAUAAUGGUUCUUGUUUAUUCAGUGUUUUUGUUCAGAAACAUUCUAAAUGCUUGUUUCAUUCUUUCUGUGCAAAUGUCCUGCCCAGAAUAAAGUUGUCCUUGAGGAAGCA